AUGAUUAAUCGAACAAUUUAAUUUGUGAAAGAAACUCUAUGUCAUGCUGAAAGUGGACACGAUUACUUCCAUAUUGAAAGAGUUCUCAAAAUGGCCACUCGUAUAGCAAAUGAGGAGAGCAAGAACAAACAAGUUAAUUUGAAUUUGGUUCAAUUGGGAGCUUUGUUGCAUGACAUAGCAGAUCAUAAAUUCCAUGGUGGAGACGAUACUAUCGGACCUAAAGUAGCUAGGCAAUUCUUAGAAAAGGAUGGAGAAGCCAAUGAGGAUUUGAUUAAACAGGUAGAAGAUAUCAUCAAGGAAAUAUCCUUCAAAGGCGCCAAAGUGAAAGACCAGAUGUCAACCUUUGAAGGACAAAUAGUUUAGGAUGCUGAUAGAUUAGAUGCUAUUGGAGCCAUUGGUAUAGCCAGAUGCUUCACAUAUGGUGGAUACAAAAAUAGAUAAUUGUAUAAUCCAGAUUUGAAGCCUGAAUUUCAUGACAACUUCUAGGAUUACAAAAAAAAUGAGUCAACCACUAUCAACCAUUUCUAUGAAAAGCUAUUAUUAUUAAAAGAUAGAAUGAACACAGACACAGGGAAAAAAAUUGCUGAAAAUAGACAUUAAAUAAUGGUGAAUUAUUUAGAUCAAUUUUUAAAAGAAUGGGAGGGAAUUGAUUGA